AUGGCGCGAAUCAUCGAACGAAAGCCCAUCCCCAAGGGCGACGCCCAGUUCGAAGCCAACCGGAAACAAAUCGUGCAAGGCGUCUUGGACAAGAUCCCAAAGGAGCUCGUGCUGCCGGAUUCGAUCAUUGAAAAUCCGCCUUUGGAUGUCACUCGGAUUCCACGAGAAUGUGGCCUCCUCACGGACGAAGAGCUCGACAUCACCGAGAACUACGAUCUCGUGGCGUUGUCUGAAGCCAUCGCCUCUCGCAAGCUCACAUCUGUGCAAGUGACAUCCGCUUUCUGCAAGAGGGCGGCGAUUGCGCACCAGUUGACGUUCUGCUUGACGGAGUUUUAUAUGCAGGAGGCUCUUGAGCAAGCUAAGCAACUUGACGAGCAUAUGGAGAGGACGGGCAAGGUUGUUGGGCCUUUGCAUGGAGUGCCGAUCAGCAUCAAGGAAAUGGUGCCUGUCAAGGGUCAAUUGCUCUCUUUGGGACUUAUCGUUUCGCGAACCGUUUCCGAUAAGGACUGCUAUCUCGUGGAGAUCUUCAGGAAGAUGGGUGCGGUUUUCUACGUCAAGACUCAUCAACCUACCGCGGUGUUUUCCAUGGAGAGCAUGUCGUUUCUGGGCCGCACGCUGAAUCCACACAACAUUGGACUGGCUCCUGGUGGCUCUUCUGGUGGCGAGGCUGCACUCCUGGCCAUGAAGGGGUCGGUGUUCGGUAUCGGCACGGAUAUAGGAGGUAGCGUUCGAUUGCCAGCCUCAUUCUGCGGCACGUAUGGACUGAAAGGUUCGAGCGGCUUCUGGCCUGUAGAGGGACUGCUCUCGAGUGCCUUCCCAGCUGGUGUGUCGGUUGAUGGAAUCAUAGGGCCUCUGGGACGGACUUUGAGGGAUAUUGACUACAUCUGUAGAUUAGUCCGUGGAACGAAACCCUGGCUGAAGGAUCCUGAAGCAUUGCCGAUACCUUACACUGGACUCCAGGAGACCGGUUUGGAGAAGUCCUCUUUGAAAGUUGGCUUCUUGGAGCAUUACAGUCUUGUCCAUCCUCAACCUCCGGUGAAACAGGCGAUGGACUGGGUGCACUCGCAGUUGAAAGCCGGCGGCUUCAAGAUCUCUCCGUUCCAAUUCCAUGAGCCAGGAAAGGCCCACAAGAUCUAUGGCAGCCUUGUCUGUCCCGAUGGCUGGGCGACAGUCCGAGGAGGAAUGCAGGCAGGCAACGAACCCCAAAACCCGGUCCUUGAUGCACUGGUAGCAGACAUGAUUGCCCAGGACGACAGAGCUGCUGACAGCCAGGUAGAAUCCUCUCUAGUCGUAGUCGAGAACAAGUUCGUGCGAGACCAAUACAGAUCUGCCGUGCUCACAGAUUGGAUUGCUCAGGGGGAUCCAGAUGUCAUCAUUACGCCAAUGAGUCCGGCCACUGCUCACGACACCGCCAACCUGAAAAACACAGCUAGCGCAACCCACUUCUACAACCUCGUCGAUUAUCCCGCCAUUGUCGUACCAACGCCCAUCAAAGUCCAGCCGAGGGAGAAGGAAGACUCUCGAGAGUACUACGACAGCGAGUCUUGGAUCGAUGCUGACCAGGAGACGAAGCAGCUUUGGAAGGACUUCGACUAUCAGGGGGCGCCAGUCUGUGUCCAGAUCGUUGCGAAGAGGCAUAUGGAGAACGAGUUGAUAGCGGCCGUGGGUUUGAUGCAGGAAGCCUUGCAGUUGCCGUGA